AUGGAGAGCAUGUCUUUCACCCAGCUGCUACUGAGCACUCUCUUCCUUCUCUGUCCAUCGGGUGCCGAGGAGGAGAGUGAGGCUUUCGCCUGCCCAGAACACCAGCAGGGCUUUGAUAGCUCCUGUUAUGAGUUUGGGGGUCUCCGGCGUUCUUUCUUCAGUGCUCAGGGUUGGUGCGAGCGAGGUGGAGGACACUUGGCAUUCAUCCAUAAUGAGGAAACCCAGCAGUUCCUUCAGAAGCACCUGGAGUCUGAAACGGACUGGUGGCUGGGGCUCGCCCCGGCCUCCACAAACCUCACUCUGGAUUCUUCUGCUGCUGAAGGGCCCCUGUCGUGGCUGGAUGGCUCAGAUGUCAGCUACUCUAACUGGGUGAGCAGUCCAGCUCCAGGGGCUGGCUGUGCCCACAUCCUCAGAAACUCAGGCUUCCAGUGGGAGGCCACAGCCAACUGCAGCCAGGAGUUCACCUUUGUCUGCGAGUUUGAGUCCGGUCGCACUAUUGCAUGUGCACACCACAACGCCACACUGCAAUGCGGUUCUGGUCAAGUGAUAGAGGUUGAUGACAGCUUCUAUGGUCGUAAAACAGCUCAUUACUGCCGUUUGAGCCCAAAUCCUUCACCCACAUCCACACAGGAAGAGUGCAGCUGGAUGGAUGUUGUAGAUUCAGUAACAGGAGAUUGUCAUGGGCUGCAGGUGUGCCAGGCUACUGUAGAUGUGACCUCUUUUGGUGAACCCUGUCCUGGACUUGGAAGCUACCUGUCUGUGGAGUACCACUGCAAAGAGGCUCUGCGUUUGUCACUGAGAAAGAAGGGGGUGGUCCAUGAAAACAUCACGGCCACAGUGAAAUGGCUCCUCCAACCAUUCCAGGGCGACCUCACCUGCACCCUGAGGGCUGGAGAUGGACACCUUUUCAGUCCCAACACAAAUGACAGUGUGGUUCAUAAAUACAGCCAUCCAGGAGUCUAUUUGGUUUUGGUGGAUUGUAGUACCAGUGAAUGGCAUGUUACGGUUCAGAAAACCAUCACCAUUCAGGAGCCUGUCGGAGAGUUUGGUGUCAUCAAAUGCUAUAGCCCAAACCACUCAACAGAUGGCGCCAACUGCAAAGGUCUCUAUGGGAGCCUAUUGUUAAUCCAGGUAGAAGUGGAAGCUGGUACAAAUGUGACCUAUAGAAUCCAGAGUGGGGACAUGUUGGUGUCUCACUCAUCUGUGGUCAGAGGAAUCAUUCCCCACAACAUUACAGUGGGUCCAGAGGUUCAGGAGCAGCUUGGGUCUGGCUGCCACCAGCUAAGCCUGAAGGCGUCUAACGGGGUCACGACCCCUGGAGUGUCCACAGAGCUGCAGGUGUGCCUGCUGGAGCCAGUGGAAGGCUUGCAGGCCUCCUUGCUGCUAGAGGAGGGCCAGUGUCCAGACUCCCACCUCCCCAUCAGUGUCUCUCUGGAGCAUGGAGCUCCAGCACAGCUCCUGUUCUCUGUGACUGGAGACAACAAGACUUUCUCUGAGACCAGACACAUGCACAACAGCAGUCUGCAAGUUUACAACAUCACACCAACAGUACAAGAUAUGCACCUCCGCUGUAGUGAUGUAAGCAAAGUGAACUCUGUCUACCUCCCCUUUGGCGAAAGCAUCAACAACUACAAACUAUCGGUAGUUGCUACAGUCACAGACAAGAUCACAAAGACCAAAAAGAACACUAUCAUCACAACUGAGGUGCGUCCGGCCGACUCCAGCUCUACAGUGCAGGAGCUCCAGUCUGCGGUGGUGGACUCUGUCGCCCAGCUGCAGCAGCAGGGGCUGCUCUCUGGAGAGAACCUGGGACAGAUGUUCCAGUCUGUGUCUGACAUGCUGAACGAGAACAACGACGACGAGCAGAAGGAAGGCAGGGAAAAGCUAAGAGAGCAGAUGCUGACCAUAAUUACUGAAGAGGAGAAGGUCGCCCCCUGCAGGACCCCGCUGAGUGUGCAGGUGACAGCCAGAGCAGUCUCAGGACUCACCAUACAGGGCAGUGAGCUCACUACCAAAGCCCAGAAACAGGCAAGUUCUCUAGUGGCAGACCUCAGCUCCUCCCUUCUCGCCAUGAACAUCAGUCAGGAAGAUGGAGGGGAUGUGUUGAAUGCCGCAAUUGCAAUAGUACAGGUGGCCAGCAACCUUUUAGAGUUCUCUUCAAAUGUAAGCAAACAGAGAACCAUCUCGGACUAUAUUGUCAGUAGCUUGGCGUAUGUACAGAGCGUAUUGUUGAUUGGAAAAAAGGUCAACGAGGGGCCGACCAUUAUACGCACUGCUAAGAUCAGUGUGUAUGUUAAAAGAGCAUCUCCAGAAACCCUUCAAAUGCAGUCGAUCAUCGUUCCGAAGAACACCUCCUCCAGCUUCUCCCUCCCUCCCCUCCCUGCUGACGUCCUUCCUCUGGAGGAACCGGUGGAUGUGCGGAUGCUGAGUUUGGCAAAUAAUCCAUUCUCUUGGAGUCAAGCAGGAAACAUCAGCGGUGUUGUCGGCUCAAUGUCUAUCAGCAAAGAAAAUGGCUCAGUCAUUCCCAUAGAGAACUUUGCUGAGGAGAUAGAGAUAUUAUUGCCCAGGCUGGAUGGAGAACAGGUGAACAGUACAAUCUUGAACCUGAGUAACUACAGCACUCUGAAGAUCAACGUUACUUCACCUGAUGUGACGCUGGUGCUGAGGAUGGAGCCAUCAGAGGACUUGACCUUUAAACUGUUCCUGAGUGAUAAGAACUACCCCACCACAGCGGAUUAUGUAGCUAAGACUCAGAUGCCACAUCAGGGUAGCAAACGAGAGGAGAGGUACAUAUGGGUGCUGGCUCCCAGUGAUAGAGGAGGACAUGUUGGGGAGCACUACCUUGUGGUGCAACCCAUUGUGGAGGCAGGGGUUAAAUCAGUAAAUGCCAGCGUGUCUGUCACCUCCAUUGCUGCCCAGUGCAAGUAUUGGAAUGAGUCUCAAUCAGCUUGGAGUGAGGCCGGCUGCAGGGUUGGCCCUCUCACCACCCCGUUUGUCACUCAGUGCCUAUGUAACCACCUGACCUUCUUUGGAAGCUCUUUCUUCGUCAUGCCCAACGUUGUGGAUGUGUCUCGCACCGCAGAGCUCUUCUCUACCUUCACUGAAAACCCAGUGGUUGUUUGCUUUGUGGGCGCCGUCUUUGUAGCUUAUCUCCUGGUGGUCGUGUGGGCACGCAGGAAAGACAUCAAGGAUACUGCCAAGGUAAAGGUAACAGUACUGGAGGACAACGACCCUUUGGCUGAGUAUGGCUACAUGCUGAACAUCAGCACAGGACAUCGACGUGGUGCCUCCAGCUCAGCUCAGGUAACCGUGACUCUGCUGGGCACAGAGGGGGAGAGUGAGCCCCACCACCUCACUGACCCUGACAAACCUGUGUUUGAGAGGGGUGCAGUAGACACCUUCCUGCUGACCACCCCCUUCUCCCUGGGGGAGCUGCAGAGCAUCAGGGUGUGGCACGACAACUCUGGAGAACACCCGAGCUGGUACGUAAACAAAGUAAUGGUGCAAGAUUUACAAACUGGGCAGAAGUGGCACUUCCUCUGUAACUCCUGGCUUGCCAUCGAUAUGGGAGACUGCCUUCUAGAUAGAUCCUUCCCUGUUGCCACUGAAAUGGAUCUAAAGAGAUUUAGUAACCUGUUCUUCAUGAAGACAGCCAAAGACUUCCGUGAUGGUCACAUCUGGUUCUCUGUGAUCAGCCGUCCUCCAAACAGCACCUUUACAUGUGUGCAGCGAGUAUCAUGCUGUUUUUCUCUGCUGCUCUGCACCAUGUUGACCAAUAUCAUGUUCUAUGGCAUCCCGACUGACCCCUCUGAACAAACAAUGGACCUGGGUCACAUUGAGUUCACCUGGCAACAAGUGAUGAUUGGAGUUCAAAGUUCUAUCAUCAUGUUCCCCAUCAAUCUGCUGAUUGUGAGUAUCUUCAGAAACACCCGCCCCCGAGAGAAGAAGCCUGGUCAACCCAAGACAGAGGCCUCCAAGCAGGGGAAAACUGGCCGUGUGUCUCCAUCACAGCCUCCUUCUCCACAGAUGGAACACAAGGACAUCACACCAGACACUGUCAUCAAGGACAUCAAGAGGAUAGCCCAGUCUCUCUCCAAGGCCAUGAAGAGCCCCAUGCCUCGUCUGGAGUUGGAGCUGGGGUCUGGACGACAGGCUGACAUCAACACUCUGCUCUCUCUGGUGGAGGACAUUAUCAGACAGCAGAACCGUGCAGGUGGAGAGUUUUACACUGAUGUCUGCAAGAGAGAAGGAUCUCUCCUUCUGUCUUUAGGUUCAGUUGAACUACAAGACAGCAGCUUGUGUGGGAGCCCUGAGAAAACUGUAGACAGGAGCCAAAAACGGAGCAGCAACAGUCAGUAUUUGUACAGGCAGCUCCGCCAUGUUGAGAAGGAGUUGAGUCUACUGGGACCUUCUCGCUUCCCUAACCCACACAGCUAUCAGCGGGCUGUGCAGCAGGUCCAGGGCAUGAAGGGAUUACUGGAGUCCCAGCUCUCUUCCUCCAGCCUUGGAGGGGACCAACCGGCAUGCAGCAUCAGCCCAGCAGAGAGCCUCGACGAGGACACCAGCAAGAGGAAGUGCUGUUCAGGAGGGCUGCCGUGGUGGUUUGUGUUUGUGGGCUGGAUAUUGGUGCUCGCCACUAGCGGUGUGUCCGGAUUCUUCACUAUGAUAUAUGGGCUGCAUUAUGGGAAGGAGCGCUCCAUCAGCUGGCUCAUCUCUAUGGUUGUGUCCUUCUUUGAGAGCCUCUUGAUCACACAACCACUUAAGGUGCUGGGAUUUGCUGUCUUCUUUGCUCUUGUGCUUAAGAAAGUUGAUCAGGAAGAAUAUGGUGAUCCUAAGGUCGAUGGAAUUCUCAAAAACCCAGAUGAAGCUGGUGCGAUGCGGGCAGCCAGGAGGGACAGCACAUGCAGCUUCUACCAACCCCCUCCUCCAAGUGACAUUGAGAAAAUAAGGAACAACUUGAUGAAAGAACAGAAGGUCUUUGCUCUCAUCAGGGAGAUUCUAACCUACAUGGGGUUUAUGUGGAUGUUACUCCUGGUGGCUUAUGGCCAGAGGGAUCCCAAUGCUUACUUCUUGACUCGACACAUCCAGCAGAGCUUCACCCAAGGAAUUUCUGACAACAUGAGUCCUGGUGAUGUGUUCACCUGGGCAAACACCUCUCUACUAAACAACCUGUUUGGAGAAUAUCCAGGUUUCAUCACAGAUGGGAACUCCAAGCUGGUGGGUAAUGCUCGCCUUCGCCAGGUGAGGGUACAGAAGAACUCGUGCCGCGUUCCCCGCUCCAUGCGCCAGUCUGUGCCUGACUGUCAUGCUCCCUACUCAUGGGAGGUGGAGGACAUGGGCUCAUAUGGGCCCGGCUGGAACCGCUCUGUGGGGGACAACUCCUCAGUGAGCCUUCGCAGCCCAUGGAAGUACCAGAGCCAGGCCCGACUGAGGUCAUAUCCUGUCUGGGGUAGUUUGGUUCUGUACAGAGGAGGUGGCUUUGUGGAGGAACUGGGCCCAGACUCAUACAAUGCCAGCAGAACCAUUCAGUUCCUGUUUGACAGCACCUGGAUUGACAUGUACACCCGGGCAGUCUUCAUAGAAUUCACUGUGUAUAAUGCCAAUGUCAACCUCUUCUGCAUUGCCACUCUCAUGCUGGAGACCACUGCCGUAGGGGCGUUCCAGUUCCGCAGUGAGCUGCAGAGUGUUCGUCUUUACCAAUCGACUGGUGGUCUUCACAUCUUUGUUAUGGCCUCUGAGGUCGUCUACUUUCUCUUCAUCCUGUAUUAUAUGUUUGUUCAGGGCAAGCUGAUGAAGCAGCACAAGUGGGGUUACUUCAGGAGCAAGUUUAACCUGGUGGAGUUGGCUAUCAUCGUCCUGAGCUGGAGCGCUCUGUCUGUCUUUAUCAAGAGGACUCUUCUGGGAAACAGGGACAUGGCCUACUACCACGACCACAAAGACCAGUUUGCUAGUUUCCAUGCCACAGCGACUGCUGAUGCUGUGCUGGGCUAUGUGAUAGCCUUCCUGGUGCUGCUGGCGACAGUCAAGCUCUGGCAUCUGAUGAGACUCAACUCCAAGCUGCACAUGAUCACAGCCACACUGCAGAGGGCCUGGACUGACAUCUCAGGCUUCCUGGUGGUCAUCACCAUCAUGACUCUUGCCUACUCUAUCGUUUUUAAUUUGCUGUGUGGCUGGAGGCUGUCAUCAUAUAAGACCCUCAUGGAAGCUGCUCAUAACAUGGUCAGCUUGCAGCUGGGCAUCUUCAACUAUGAUGAGGUUCUGGAUUAUAAUCCAGUCUUGGGUGGGUUCCUCAUUGGCUCCUGCAUCGUGUUCAUGACCUUUGUGGUGCUGAACCUUUUCAUCUCAGUCAUCCUGGUGGCUUUCAAUGAAGAGCAGAAACAUCACAAGCCCUCUGAAGAGGAGGAGAUCGUGGACCUGAUGCUGAUGAAGCUCUGUGGUUUGUUAGGGAUCAGGUGCAAGCAGGGCCAGAAAAACCUUGGAGAGAAGUAUACCACUGCCCCUGCCAUCAACAAAGAACCCUCCACUAUCUCUUUAUAGACUCUAAACAUAUUUAAUACAUUUAUCAAAAUGUAAGUAUGCAUAUAUAGAAUGAAUUGAUGUUUAAAAAUAUACUUUUUGUGUUUGCACAAUGUUCAACCCCAAUUUUUGGGGGAGACUAUUGGGUGUUAAUGUAUACAUCGAGCUCAGGCUUCAUUGUAUUUUGAAAAGAUUCACCAC